AAAAUAUGGACGAACGAGAAUAAAAUCGUGGGUAAAAAUGCGAAAUUUUCGAAAAUGUAUCAACAGAAUGGUGUGGAAUUGAUGAAUUAUGGCAAUGAUGGAUAAAUAACACCAAAACUAGAACUUUGUUCUUCAAAUUUAAUUGAAAUUAUAACGAAAUACACGAUUUUUUGCGUAUAUCGGUUUCCAUAAACACUUAGGAAAGGAGAUUCUUGAUAUGUUUUGAAUGGUAAGAUGGAAAUUUGUGGAUUGUCUUUGAGAAUAGACUUAAAAUUCAGGUGUAUUUCGUAUUAAAAUUUGUUGGUGUUAAAGGAAACUUAAGAAAGGUUCUCGAAGUGUAUUUUUAAAGUGAAAAGUUUCCUAGACUUUGUUUAAAGAGUUGUUAUCUAAGCAUCGAAGAAACAUUAUAAGAGGGGUAGAGGACCUUCUAAAUGUGUGUCCCUUAUUGACGGUGCCGAUAGGAUAUCUUACCAUAAAUACCAUUAAUCGCCCACUCUGUGUACCCAAUUGAUAGUGGUAAUCACCCACUCUUUCCACAGCGAGCGUCCGUAUUUUAAAUUUAAGAUAAAAAGGUAUAGAAGUUGAUUAAACACCCAUCAGAAUGGAUCAGCGACGCCAGGCUACAAUAUUAAACUAUUCCAUGGCCAUUGAAGACAGUGUAGUCUUCGAUAAAAUAUGGUACCAAAUGGAACCGAUCUUUACAGAAGAUGAAAAACUCUCAAUUCAGGGUGCUGGCGGAAACAAGAAGAAAACGAGGAUGAUGUUAGAAAUCCUGCCAAUGAAAGACGAUAAUGCGUUCGAUACCCUUGUUAUGGCAUUGAAACCCGACUACAGAUGGUUGGCGUUCAGAAUCGAACAGGGUGUUCACGAAGAGGAAGACAGGCUAACGAGAGCUGGGAAAGGAAUCAAAAGAAAGGUAACAGUUGCCUUAAUGCAGACGAGAAUCUCUGAUAGACAACGAGAUAUAGUAAUUGAUAGCGUGAGUGACGUCAUCGAAGAUGAAUUGCGAGAUCGAACGUUGAGAGUUGACAUACCGGAUCACGAGGCAGCGGCUAAUCUCAACGAACUGAACCACCGACUUCGAAACCUCGUCAACGAACGGAUCGAUCCGUUACUGCAUGGUCCCAGAGUUAAAACGGAUCUGUCAAAAGCAGAAAACCAAGUUCUGGCUGAUCGCAUGGAACAGAUGUUGAAUGAAUUACAAGCCAUUGAAAACUGCUACCAGUCAAUGGAAGUGGACACCAUCUCGGCCUCCCCCCGCUCACUUCCGGUGCUACUCUACCAGAAGAUAGAUGAGGUCAAGACCCAGAUCGACAUUUUAGAAGAGCAACAGGAACAGUACCGACUGGAACGAGACGAGAUUUUACGAGAGAAGAACGAGAAGGGGCAGACGCUAUCGGAACUGGAAAGCCAGAACAACAAUUUGGAGUUCGAGAACAGGAAACUUCGAGAAGAGGUAUUGACACUCGAAUCGAGUUGUCAUGACUUGAACAUCGACAAGCGCAAUUUGACGAACGAACGCAGACGUAUCGAAGAAGACCAUUUGAGGAUAUUGAACCAGCAAGAGAAGCGAGAAGACGAGGCCAUGUUUCAUCAGACCAGAAACAAACGUCUGGAAGAAAUCAACGGCAAAUUAUCCAGAGACGUUCAGAGGCUGACCAAUUCCAACAUGAAACUCAGGAACGAGUCCAGACGAUCGUCUGCCGGCGACUCAGCCAGACUAAGGGGCGACAAGAAACGUCUGCUCGACGAGAAGAGUCGUCUGCAAACUGAGGUUCGGCGCCAAGAAAAUGAGAAACGAAUCGUCCUGGUCAGAAACCAGAGAUUGGAGGCCGAAAAUCAAAACCUGAAGGAGCAGAAGCGGCGAUUGUAUGAAGAGAAGGUGCGAUUCCAAUCGGAGAACCAGUCUCUGAAAUCAGACGCCAAACGACUUGCAUUGGGCAGAUACGAACAAGAUCCACGUAGCAGAGAAUAUCGUAACGCUAGUGUCAACCACACCAGACGGUCCAGAUCCGUGGAGGUAGAGUCUUCUGCCUUAGAAAGGUCAGCAGGGUCUCGACGAGGCAGCAUGAGGAAGGCAGCUACAUCAACCGGAACUCCGAAAGGCAACGCUCGGCCACUACCUUCCCAAUUUAGAAACAAAUCUAUAACGCAUUCGAAUACGUCUGGUCGCAUGUUUAAAUCGUACCCAGCGUCCGGCGGUCCGGAUCCGGGGAGAUACGACGGCAAGCAGAACUCAAAGCAACAAAACGCCAAGCAGCAAAACUCCAAACAACCAUCUCCUCCCAAAGAUGCCAAACCAGUUAACUAUAACAAAAAUGCCCGCAAGUCUGUCACAUUUAGAGGUUAAAUGAGCCCAGAAAGCCUGUCACAAUUCAUUCUUGUUCUGAAUCUCAUCAUAAUCCUUCGCUUAGCUCGGCGGUUAUAGUACCAAAGGUGGAUUGAUAACUAUUGAAGACAUAUAUUUAUAACUUUAUAAUGAUGCAUAUGUCGAUCAUUCGUUAAGACAGGGUGGAAUUUGGACAAGAAAAUAGGCGGAAUUCAUGCAAAGAAUGGAUGGAAAUCUAGGUCUUGAAUUAUUUCGAUUUUCGUAGAAUAAAAUAGCCUUUUUCUCAAUCUUUUUUCCAAUCUUUUUUCCAGUUUUUCAUCGAAAUACAAGCAUAUCUGUGAUACUAAACCCUCAUACUUAGAAAUCCCAACUUUUUGUAGAAGAGGUAUCAUAAAACCACAGUCGUGGGAGCCUCAAACUUCCAUGGUAGGGGUGCACUCUAAAAACUACUUCCCCACCCACAUCCUCAUGCAAAAAUUUGUUUCUUUUUAUUUAGAUUAUAAAUUCUAUACUUUUUGUAUGUAAAUAAAAAUUAUUUAUGUCAAU